AAUUUUCAACCGGCUUUGAACCAACCAAACUAGUCUUGAGCCAUGAAAAAGAACUGGUAGAGCCCUCGACGGGGAUUGAUUGCGUGGCUGACUUCCUGUGGAACCGAGCUCUUCCAAUGGAGUCGUCGUCUUCCUCGUUUUCAUCUUUCGAGUAUUCUCUUUCUCAUUGGGAUUAUCUCAACCUAUACAUACUACGUCCGAUCCUCGCAAUUCUGUUCACUUUCUCUUUGAUUUCUCUCGGUUGGUUUUUGGCGUGGAAGCUUGUUCUCGUUCACGUUCCUCUGGUGCAGGAAAUUUUUGGUCUACGUAAGAAACCUGCCAAGUCAAAACCACCGACGCGCAGACUAUCGAAGUUUUAUGAUAGUCUGAAUUCCCAAACUUCGGCUUCUGGCUGUGUUCUCUCUUACCCAAAUUUCAACAUCUAUCAAACCUUGCCAAGAGAUGUCUGUACUGGAAUAUAUGUAGUUUUGUUGUAGUUUUCACUAAGAGUGAACCAAAGUCUUAUAUCUACUAUUUUUGGGUUUGUCUGUCUGUUUGUUUGUUGUUAAGUCCCUUAUUUUUUUUUUCACUUUGAGGUGCUGUCUAUGUUAUUCCCUAAAAUGACAUUUCUUCCAAAAUCUCUUUACUGAUAAAUUUUAUCUGUUAAAAAGUAUCUACUGAUCAAUGUAAUCCGAUGACCCAUGGAUGCUUGUUGCAUA